AUGAAUUCAUCAGAUAAAUCAUCUACUAUUGAUGGGUGGAAUGAUCCACCAGCUAAUCUUAAUUUAUCAGAAAAUAUGUCAACAAAACGUAUUUUACUUAAUAAACGUGUUCCAUAUACUAAUCAAGAUCUAACAUCAACAAAUAAUUCUUCGAAUAGUUUAACAACACCACCAGUUUGUUCUCCAUCAUCAAUAAUAUCUACAUCUAGUUUAUUAGAUAAUGAUACUUCAACAAAAGAUAAUCUAUUAACUAUUGAAGAAAUAAAUGAAAUAUUUAAAAAACAACUUAAAAAAUUAGAAGAUUCAUCAAAUAUUGAAAAAAAAAUUCUUGAAGAUAUUAAUAAAAAAUUUCAAGUUAUGUAUGAUGAAUGGUGUCAAGAAAAAUUAUCAUUAAAUACAAAACAAAUAUUAUCAAAUAUAUUUCAUGAACUUGAUUCUGAUCAUAUACAACAAGCAUUUGAUAUACAUAUUAUAUUAGUUCGAAAUGCAGGUUCAGAAGUUAUUCGUUUUAUUGUUGGUAUUAAACGAUUAAUACAAGAAUUACAAAAAUUAUCUAAUUAA